UGUCUAGUGACCCUUGACAUCGGAUUCCUUAGCUCUUUUUAAUUUGGAUUUCACUGGAAGCGGUCGCAAACCUUUGGUGCCUUCAAGCCUAACUAAUCCGAGUGAAUUAACUUAAACAUUAACUUUAGAAGUGUCUCAGUUAAGAAUUGUUGAGAAACUGGAUAACUUACAUAUUUCCCUACGAAACGUAAUGUUCAGGAUGAUUUUGGAGCGCAUUUUGGACAUUUGGUACUACCAUCCGGUAAUGGUUUACUUUAUCAUUGGCCCCGAACCGCUGCCAGUCGAAGACUUCAUGCCGAAUUACCAUCACCUUCACCAUCAUGAUCACCAUCACCAUUUAAUGCCCGUCGCCGGACCGGAUUACUUGCCACCAUUGCACUAUGGUGAACUGGAGGACGAUUGGCUCGACUAUGACACGCCCAUCAGCGAUUCCGAGAUUAGCGAUUUCGGGAUAAGCGAUGCCGAGAAUAGCGAAACCUUCUACUCCUGGGAAGACGACGAUGAGGAGUACCUCUAGGGCCAACGACAAGGACAAGGACAUGCUCGACUAUGGAUGAUGGAUACCCAAUAUGCGCUGUAAAAUCCUUUUUUAUCUGAAUUAAAAAUUCGGCUUGAUGAAAA